AUGGCCACGGAGUUGGCGAUGGGCGCCGAGCUGCCCAGCAGCCCACUGGCCAUCGAGUACGUCAACGACUUCGACCUGAUGAAGUUCGAGGUAAAGAAGGAGCCGCCCGAGGCCGAGCGCUUCUGCCACCGCCUCCCUCCCGGCUCGCUGUCCUCGACGCCCCUCAGCACGCCCUGCUCCUCUGUACCCUCUUCGCCCAGCUUCUGCGCGCCCAGCCCGGGCACCGGCGGGGGCGCCGGCGCAGGCGGCAGCGCGGCGCAGGCCGGGGGCGCCCCGGGGCCGCCGAGCGGAGGCCCCGGAGCUGUCGGGGGUGCCUCAGGAAAGCCGGCGCUGGAGGAUCUGUACUGGAUGAGCGGCUACCAGCACCAUCUCAAUCCCGAGGCGCUCAACCUGACGCCCGAGGACGCGGUGGAGGCCCUCAUCGGCAGUGGGCACCACGCUGGGCACCACGGCGCGCACCACCCGGCCGCCGCCGCAGCCUAUGAGGCCUUCCGGGGCCAGGGCUUCGCGGGCGGCGGCGGCGGUGGUGGCGGCGGCGCGGACGACAUGGGCACCGGCCACCACCACGGCGCGCACCACACCGCCCACCACCACCACCACCACGCCGCCCACCACCACCACCACCAUCACCACCACCACGGUGGCACCGGCCACCACGGCGGGGCAGGCCACGGCGGAGGUGGCGCUGGCCACCACGUGCGCCUGGAAGAGCGCUUCUCCGACGACCAGCUGGUGUCCAUGUCGGUGCGGGAGCUGAACCGGCAGCUCCGCGGCUUCAGCAAAGAGGAGGUGAUCCGGCUGAAGCAGAAGCGGCGCACGCUCAAGAACCGCGGCUACGCGCAGUCGUGUCGCUUCAAGCGGGUUCAGCAGCGGCACAUUCUGGAGAGCGAGAAGUGCCAGCUCCAGAGCCAGGUGGAGCAGCUGAAGCUGGAGGUGGGGCGCCUGGCCAAGGAGCGGGACCUGUACAAGGAGAAAUACGAGAAGUUGGCGGGCCGAGGCGGCCUCGGGGGCGCGGGCGGGGCUGGCUUCCCGCGGGAGCCCUCGCCACCACAGGCCGGCCCCGGUGGGGCCAAGGGCGCACCCGACUUCUUCCUGUGA